AUGUUGGAGCCUCAGACUGUGUCUUUACUAUCAUGUGUUCUGUCUGUUUUAGGGCGGCUGCAGACACUGAAAGACAAACACAAGGAAGCUCUAAAGAUGCGGUUUGAAGUUGUGUCUGAGGGAAUUGCUAAGCCAGGAGAGCAGACCCUCCUUGAUAACAUCUUUACACAUGUGUGGAUAACUGAGGGCAGCUGUGUUGAGGUGAAUCAUGGACAUGAGGUCAUGCAGGUAGAAACCGUCUCCAAAAGCACAAAAUCAGAGACCUGUUCCAUCAAGUGCAGCGAUAUUUUCAAGCCACUGCCAGGACAGACCAGACCCAUCAGGACUGUGCUGAUGAAGGGAGUCGCUGGCAUCGGGAAAACAUUCUCUGUGCAGAAAUUCAUUCUCGACUGGGCUACUGGAAAAGACAACCAGGACUUCGAUUUUAUAUUUUUUCUCCCUUUUCGUGAAUUAAACUUGAUUACAUCAGAAAAGAGUUUACAAGAGCUGGUUCAGUGUUUCUCCCCACAGAUGAAAUCCUCUGAUAAUAUUUUAGAACACUGUAAAGUCCUGUUCAUCUUUGAUGGGCUGGAUGAAAGCAGACAUCCUUUGAAAUUUGAAGAAAAUGAGAUCUUUUCUGAUGUGAUAAAGCCAACUUCAGUGGACUUGUUGUUAACAAACCUCAUCAAGGGAAACUUUCCCAUUGACUCCUCCAUAUGGAUCACUUCCAGACCAGCUGCAGCAGGUCUGAUCCCUCCAGUGCUCAUCAACAGGGUGACAGAGGUCCAGGGGUUUGAAGAUCACCAGAAGGAAGAGUACAUUAGAAAGAAGUGUAAGAACAGAGCUCUAGCAGACAAAAUUAUUUCACAUAUAAAGACACUGAGGAGUCUUUACAUGUUGUGCUAUGUCCCUGUUUUCUGCUGGAUUGUAGUUACUGUUCUGGAUCACACAUUGGAAGAGAACAUUGGAAGGGACAAUCCAACAACACUGACAGAUUUCUAUACAGACUUUCUCAUUGUCUUACUGACAUCAAAGGAACAGAAGAAAAAGAAAGAAAAUGUCCUCAAAUCAAAUCAAAAGGCAAUUCUGAAACUAGGAAAAUUGGCAUUUCAAAGUCUGAAGAAAAAUGUCAUUGUGUUCUAUGAAAAAGAUCUUAGAGAAUAUGACAUUGAUCUCAACUCUUCCCUUUACUCAGGGGUGUGCAAGGAAAUAUUCAAACAAAAUUCAGCCUUGUUUCGGGAAAAUGUGUACUGCUUUUUACACCUGACUGUCCAGGAGUAUUUUGCAGCUCUGUAUGUUUUUGGUUCCUAUCAAAACGAUAAUAUUAACCCACUAAAGAAAACAGUUCUGAAUUUUCCCUGGUUAGGAAGUAAAUCUCUAUUCAGUCUGAAUAAAGGUGCUCUAAAAAGAGCCAUCAAGAGCAGGACUGGUAACCUUGAUCUUUUUGUCCGAUUCCUCUUGGGAUUGGAAAUGAAGAAAAACCAGGAGCUUCUUAAAGGAUUCCUGUCACGCACACAAGAUCACUCCAGUGACAUUCAGGAAACAACAGCAUACAUCAAGGAGCUCAUUGGAGAAACAUCCUCUCCUGAAAGAUGCUUCAACCUUUUCCACUGCCUGAGUGAACUGAAGGACAAGUCUUUAAUGGAUGAGCUCAAUGUGACUCUGGACAAAACGAAAGUUUCAGGACGAGGACUGUCACCUUCCCAGUGUUCAGCACUUGCCUAUUUCUCACUGCUGUCUGAGAAAGAGAUUGAAGUCUUUGACAUGAGUGAUUAUGCUACAUCAGAGGAGUGU